AUGGUAUCAACCGGAAUGCCAGAUGUAAAUAAAAAUGAGUUAUGCAAAGAGGCAGCCACAGAAUGGCAAUCCAUAGAACCAAUUCGUCAUAAUGCGGCAGCACAAAAAAAAAGUUUUAAAACAAUCAAAAACUUAGAAUCAGAAUUGUCAGAAUUAGAGCAAAUGGCUGUAAUAACGACUAAUUCUCAGUGCUAUAACAGCCUUAGCUCUCAGAUAACUGAAAUUAAAAAAAAUAUUACUGAAGAAGAAGAAUGGCUUAAAAAACUCAAAAGACAUAUGUUUAAAAAACUUGCAGGAGUUACAUUAGAAAUUGAUCAUUUUGAAAACUAUCUAAACUCUCAGGGUGAAAUUUGUGAUCAUGAUUUAGGACUUUACCCUAUUUAUGGAAAACCUGUAUAUGUUGAGUACGUUGAUAAAGAAAGCAAUUCAUGUGCUGAAGUUGAAUUCACAACACCAGAAAAUACAGAUGCACCAAGUUUAAAAGAAAAGAAUUUACCUCGAUCUCAAGCUAAUUCGGCAACUUUCGAUGAUUUUUCUCUGUUACCUUCAUUAUCUAAAGCUUGGCUACAGGUUGUAAUCGUGCAGUCUCAAUCCCUUUCUGAUAUUGAAUAG